AUGAGAGUGUGUGUGCGCUGGUCGUCCCACGCUUCGGCUUUUUGUUUUGUUUUCCUUUUUGAUUUUGUGGUUGAGUGCACCCAUUCCACUUUUCUUUGCUUUGCGGCAUGCUUUGAUCGCGGGCACUUCAAUCUUUUAUUGUUAUUCUCAUAUUCUUUUGGGAGAGUUUUAUUCUUUCUUAUUCUUGUGAAGGCACUAAGUUUUCCUUCGACAUACGCCAUGCGUCAGUUGUUCCACGUUAACCCGUGGCUUGCGGCGCUGCUGGUGAUGUUUGUGAUUCGACUCUCCAGCGGGUGCCUCGUUGUCACCCUGACACAUUCCUGCUCUUUUCUUGACGAUGUGGUGCGUACCGACGGCGCGUGGGCGACUCCGGUUGUGGUGAGGGACGUGCCUCUCACAGCGCAAGAUGCGUCGCGGGUGUGCAGCGUUGUUUGUAAGAAACAAUGGGCGCUUGCCCGCAUCAAGGCGUCAACAAAGAUUCCGGAUGACAGCAGGAGGCACUGCGGCCUCUCCUGGGCCCCAGCAAUGAAUUCGCACCUUGUCGCGGUGCUGGGGCUCUGGUUGCACAUAAGAACUCCGCAGCAGGGCGUUGCUGCGAGUACGACGGAGACCAAGACGACUUCACCCCUCGAGAGGGUUCCACGCCAUGCCCGGUGCGGGGAGGUGAGGCGGUCUGCCUGCAGACUGUCGGGAAAAUCUGUGCGACCGUUUCGCAGCGGUCACUCCGUUGAUAUCACCCGUGGCGGUGACGUCCACAAGAGCUCUGGCACCGAGGAGGAUGGCUACAUCACUGUUCGGCGGCUUAGCAUUGCAGGCCUCUCGUCCGUAAAAAGAUUGCUUUUGCUGUGCGAUGGGAACUGCCCCAACCUGACACCGUUCUUCUGCAGGAAAUAA